ACCACCAGCUUCUUGAGGUCUCAGUACCCAUGACUGACAGGAUUAACUCAUUUGUAGGGCAUCUAAUUAGCAAGCAAGUCUCUGGGGUCCCCUGACCCAGUUACCAUAACACAUGGGGGGUAUAUUAGGAGGGUAUAAGUGCCCCUCCCCCUGCCCAGGGCAAAUGGUUGGAUUCCUAGUACUGUUCCCCCCAAGAGAUGAUAGGUGCUAUGAUUUAGGGGCACUUCUGAGCCCCAUUUCUCUGGCAGGUUCACCAGACCAAGAAGGCUUCUUCAACCUGCUGAGCCACGUACAGGGCGAUCGGAUGGAGGAGCAGCGCUGUUCCUUGCAGGCUGGUCCAGGCCAGACCCCAGAAAGCCAGGGUGGCCCUGCUCCCGAGAUGGACAAUCUCAUGGAUAUGCUGGCCGACACCCAGGGCCGCCGCAUGGAUGACCAGCGUGUAACAGUCAAUUCCCUGCCUGGCUUCCAACCUAUCGGUCCCAAGGAUGGAAUGCAGAAACGACCCGGGACCCUCAGCCCUCAACCCCUGCUCACCCCUCAGGACCCUGCUGCACUCAGCUUCCGCAGGAACAGCAGCCCCCAGCCCCAGACACAAGCUCCUUGAGAGUUCUAGCCAUCCUGGGCCCCCCCACUGGCCCCUGAAAA